GUGUAGUAGUCUGUAGUCAGUGUAGGUAGUGCGGUGGUUACAGACCGUGGACCCUGGAUACUAGCUUAGACAUGUGGUUACCACUAGUGCUGUUGCUGACGGUGCUGGCACCGGCAGUACUGCCAGUACAGACAGGGUGGAGGCCCAUACUAGGCCCUACUGCGGGUCCCACUCUAGGCCCCGCUCUGGGCCCCCGUGCUCUGGGCUACCCUCAGCCCCACUACCCCCGUGGUCACUCUGCCCAUCACCCUGGAGUCUGCACUCUGUAUAAAGCCGUCAUGGACCAGGACACAUUCCAACAGUAUGUCCAGUACAAGUCGCAGAUUCCAGAUUUGAAGGAGUUCACACUCUGUCUUUGGCACAAAGUUUACAACCAUACACAAGACCACCCCCUCUUCUACUACGGACACCGAGAAAAGAACAGAGAAAUAUUCUCCUGGGUGGCCAACUCUGACUCGUCUAGUUUCUACAUGUUUGCUGUCAAUGGCCAGACCCUCUACAGACUGAACUAUCCACUGAGGAUGCACAAGUGGUACCACGUGUGUCAGUCGUGGAACGGGAAGACCGGAGAGUGGCAGAUAUGGGUCAACGCUGAGCGCAUCGGCAGAGGCUUCCAUAACUUGCUUGUUGGGAAACCUAUAAAAGGUGGAGGAAUGGCGAUCAGUGGACAGGAGCAGCAGGGAUACAACUCCGGUAACAGAGGGAAAGUACCUCGAAACAAGGUGUCUGGACUGAUUGGAGAAAUCACAUUGGUGCAAUUGUACAAGGCUGCUCUGACAGCAGGUAAGGCGUACACCAACCACAAGCAUCACCACGUCCAUCACUUCCACCACGAGGACAAGCCAGGACAGGACGACUACGACAUAGCCUCUCCCUCUCCCUCCCCUCUCUUACCCUUCUCUGCAUCCCCUACACCUACCCCACCUCCUCCGCAGACCUCUCAACACCCCUUCCUCUCCAACGGUCAGCUGAUCCCCAUGUUGCCUGUCACCGACUUGUCAGCCUUCCGAGGCCAAGCCGACACCAACCUUGGACUGUUCAUGACAUACAACCCUCAGAUGGAGUUUCUCUUCCCAGGCUCACAGCGACUCUUCAAGAGAGAUCAGUCAAAGAGUUCCAGGACGCCAGGGAAACGUAGGAAGAAGUCUGAAGAAACCGAGAGCGAAUCUGAUGACAUCGACAUUGUCCAAGAGGACAUUUUGAAGGUUGAACCCAAAGAAACAAAGAAGGUUAAAAGAGAUACAAAAAAAGCCGAAGCAAAGAGUAAACCAGUGAGGGAAGAAGAGAUUUUAGAAGAAGUCGAAGAAAAGAAGGAGAACCCAAAGAAACGUCAAACAUUAGAGAACACUGAAAUGGGAGAAAUGGAUAUGGAAAUGGAAGAUAAGAAUCACAAAAAACGAACACUCUUCCACGAGCAACUACAGUACGGACUCAUCCCAGGAGACGAUUUGUCAGAUCUUUUCCCCGGGAACGGCUACGUCCUAGGUAGUGGAGGGGUGAAGUUCGAUGGCAGCGACAACAACGCUCCGCCCAUGGAGGAGGUGCAGAUGGAGCCAGCAGAGUGGGAGGUGCGCAGCAUCAUGGCUGUGUGUUCACAGUGCAGCGAGGAUCCGUUCAGAAAAGCUAACAUCAUCUCGUGGAGAGAGUCGCCCAAGAAACUCUACGCAGGUGCGAUGUACGUCCCAGCAGUUCCUGAGUGCCAAAGGUUCUAGUGUGCCAAACAUGAACAUUGUGUUGACACUUAUUACACUAGAAUGUACAUGAGGACAUGAAGGGAGGAAAGAGAUAGACUGAUUCGUAAGAGUGUUUGUAAGUUUGGUUUUUUAUCAGAAUUAAUUGUAAUGAGUCAAUAAGCGACAGUUUGAUUGGAUUUCCUUGGUAGUAGACAGUAAAGUUGACACGAUCAUUUGUAUAUAUAACACUUAAUCAUGUAGGUACAUUCAUCAUUCUUGCCAUACAAAGCCAUUCCAUUUUUUAACUGGAACAUUUGAAUUGUGUUCAGCAGUUUGCUUGUGAUACAUUGUUUUCUUAAAAAAUUUCAAAAAUAAACUAACAGUACCGCAAACUACUUUGUACCUGGUAAAACACCACAGUCAUAUGCACUGGUUUACCACGUAAUGGUUGGUUUAUAAUGAAACCUAAUCCAAAAGUAUUAUAAAACUGAAAUGCAAAUCAUCAAUUGGCAGUUAGUUAGUUAAGUAAAUUUAAAUUAGUAACGAAACAACAGGAAAAUACGAAACUGGUACAACACACCAGCAAACAACAUAAGCAAAUCAUCAUAAAGCUUUAAUGGUAGUCUUAAGUGUAGUUUACUUUGUAUAUUUUGUAGCUAAUAAAUAUUUUUUAAGAAUUUUA